GACACCCCGUGUUCCAAUCAAGUUCAGUCUCAGUGUGUAUUGACAAUUAAAGGGUAAUGCCACUUUAAACGUGGUCAGAGUGGUAUCAUUGCUAAGUUGGAUGAGCCGCCAUUAAGCAAGAUGGCGUCUGUACGUCUGUACGUUGUUGUACUGCUGUUGUGCAUUCCCUCACUGUCAUGUUUCAAACGAGGUUAUGAUGAGCUUUUCGCGCUGGUUACGGACUUCGACGGCAAGAUCUACAAAUACAGCAUGCGGGACAAAAGCAUUAAACGCAUCCCCGUGUCGGACUCCGGACAAGGGCCCGAGGCGAUAGACUACGAUCCUGUUACUUCUCAGAUGUUCUGGUCCAACAUAAGAUCAGAUAAAAUAAAGCGAGCAGAUCUUGACGGAGGGAACGAAAGGAUUGUCAGAUCAGAAACAGAAACGCCACGGGGUAUUGCCGUCGACUACAUCAACCGUCUGAUGUUCUACACAGAAGAAAAGAUCGACAUAGUUGCCAUGCUAAACCUCUCCAGCUCGGAACACAAAGUCCUGGUCCGUACAGGCAUGGACCGACCUCUGGCCAUAACUAUAAACAUGAAGACCAAAGUUAUCUACUGGAGUGACAUCGGAUCACCAGCGAAGAUAGAGACGGCGAAUUAUGACGGGACUGGCAGAAAAGUGUUGAAGUCUGACGACCUGAGGUGGCCUAUAGCACUGUCUCUUGAUGAGACUGCUACUAAACUGUUUUGGUGCGAUGGGAGUAAAAAGAAGAUUCAGUAUUUAGAUUUAAAUACGCUGAAGACCACUGUGGUGCUGUACAACUACAACAGCCACUACUACGACGUCCAAUACGUAGAGGGAACACUCUACUUCGUAGACCUCCUAAAAAGAAACGUGUUUCAGUCAGUUGCGGCGACUGGCGGGGACGUUACAACAUACUCCUUGGGCAAAACCCUGUCCAAGUGGCGAAAGAUAAGGCUGAUCAACAUCAGAGUAUGUCAGGACAUGACGUGGGGAGAGAACUGCACCCACAACUGUGGGAACUGCCAGCAAGAUGCAGUCUGCAACAAGGCUAACGGUUAUUGCCCAGGGAAGUGUAAGCCCGGAUUCGCCUUGCCCACGUGUCAGAAUGAAUGCCCUAUUGGCUUCUUUGGUGUUGACUGUAGGUCAAUUUGUGGACACUGUCAUAACCUGGACACCUGUGACCACCUGACCGGCGCCUGCUUAUACGGAUGUGCUGCGGGCUGGGACGGGAGAAACUGCUCGCGAGAAUGCCCAGAAGGCAAACAUGGUCUGAAGUGCACCACCAGCUGUGGCCAUUGCAAAGAUGGGUCUGCCUGUAUGAAGUCCAGCGGAAACUGCACAAAUGGAUGUGAACCGGGGUGGGACGGAGCCCAGUGCAAAGAAGAAUGCUUGAACGGGACUUUUGGUGAGGACUGCAAGUACAAGUGCCAGUGCUGCGAUGGUUCGGUCUGUGAUAAGGUGACAGGACAGUGCCCGUAUGAGAACGUCACUGCAAGAGAAUGUCCGGUCGACCGUUACGGAUUCAACUGUAGCACUCCGUGUGGACAUUGUAUGGAUGGUCAGCCGUGCAAUGAGACUAACGGCAGAUGUCCCACAGGGUGUGACGUCGGGUGGAUGGGAGACGUCUGUAAAAUGGAAUGCAUCAGCGGCCGGUACGGUGCUGACUGCGCCCAGAUGUGCAAGUGUUUCGGCAGCAACGUGUGCGACCCAAUCAGCGGUCGAUGCUACACAGGAAACAUCGGGGCAGCAAAACAAGUAGGCGACGUCCAGAUCACAGAUACACCACUGACCACCGGCCUGUGUGUCAUGAUCGUCAUCCUGGCAAUUCUCCUGGCUGUCGCCAUCUUUGUCAUAUACAGACGGAACAGACAACAAAGAUUCGACGAUGAACCAGAGACGCCUGAGAAGAGAACAACGAUGGCUUUUACCAAUCACCACUGCGAGCCGCUGGUCACGAUGUAACGACAGCUGUAACGCGUCAGCUGCAUCAUCCCCACCAUGGUGACUUGUACAUAAUGACCAAGUGCUUGAAAUCUGUCCUCUCAGCUCAGAAUAAUCAUUGACUACUUCUGUGGCGCCAUCGUCAUCACGGGCAUGGUGUUAUGUGACGCUUUUGUGACAAAGAUGUACAACGACAACCCGUCAGCUGCAAAUAUUAACUUGUUCAUCAGAGCACUGGUUCUCGGUAUCCGGCGAGCCCCCUUGUAAUAUAUCACACAUCGCGUACCACAGAACAUUGCAAAUGUCUGCUUUCUCGGUUCUAGCUUCCACUGCCCAGCUGAUCACCUGACUGCCCUGCCCGCCAGACAUCCCUUCUGACUGUCAUGUAGUACAAGCGGCAGUGUAGUAUCCGCCACACGCUUAAAGGCACUAUUUCACUUCUCUAAAAAUAUAUAAAGCGUUUCUGUCAAUAAUACUAUCAGUCCUCAGGGAAGCUACCAUAUAAGUUAUUCACACAAGUACGUAUUUAGAUUACAAUAUAAACUUAAAAAGUUCGAAUGAAUUAAUGCAACGUUGCAUAAAAUCCACUCUGGCACCUUCUACCGGCCGAACAAUAUUUCAAGCGAACCCCAUAGAGUUAUGUCCCUUGGAGUUUCAAUUUCGAUUUCAGACCAGGCAUAAUACUUUUUUUAUUGCAUUAAUAUUAAGAUAAAGUGAAUGCAUAUGCCCCGAUAUAUAUAUAAUAUAGGCCCUCAUAUUGACGAAAAUGUGUGAAAUUGUGCCUUUAAGGAGAAAUACAAUGUCCAUUUGGCCAUUCAAAUAAACUUGUUUUCUAUA